AUGAGGAAGGAAAUGGACGAAUUGAGGAGCACCAUUAAGGAGAAGACGGACCGAAGCGUAGACAAAAUGGUAAGGGCUACGGAUUCACCCUUCACCGCCGCGGUACUUGAAUGCCCUGUACCGUCAAUGUUUUGCUUAUCUCAACUCGAGCCAUUCGAUGGACUAAAAGACCCACAGGAUCAUCUUAAUACCUUCAAGACGACUCUAGGUCUUCAACAACCACCUGACGAGAUACUGUGUCGUUCCUUCCCAACGACUCUCAAAGGAGCUGCAAGAGAAUGGUUUACGAAGUUGCCAAACUCGUCCAUAGACAACUUCAAUCAGUUAAGUAGUGCCUUCUUGCGCCAUUUCAUAGGGGGGCAAUGCCCAAGGAGGCCAGUAGACUACUUACUCACCAUAAGACAGGGAGAGAAGGAAAUUCUGAGGUCGUAUGUUAAACGAUUCACCCGGGAGAUUCUAGAGGUGGACGAAACUGAUGACAAGGUGCAGCUGACGACCUUCAAAGCGGGGUUGAGGUCCAGAGACCUCGUGGCCUCCCUCGCAAAGAACCCCCCAAAGACGAUGGCGGAAAUGCUCUUGAAGGCACAGAAGUACAUGAAUGCUGAAGAUGCUUUAGCUGCCAUAAAAGAUGCCGAGAAGUCAGGAGACAAGGCCAAGAGGGAAGACGACUGUAGGGGGCAAAAGAGAGAUCGACCAGACCGUCGGAACAAUGACGGGAACAGGAGGAAGGAUGAUAAAAAUCCUCGAACGCAUGAAGCCUUCUCCCGGGAUGAUGACCGUCCGUCCCAGCCUCCACACAAGGUGAUCGGGGAGAUAAACACGAUUACAGGAGGACCGUUCUCAAGAGGAUCGUUUAAAUCACUCAAAAAGGCAUACCAGAGACAGGUGAACAACGUCCACGCCAUACCUCCAUCCAAGCACCGAUGA